AUGGUUGUCAUUAAGCUUUUGCAUCGUUGGCUCUUCUACUUGCUAACAACCGUAUUUUUAGAAACCUGGAACCGACUUUGGUCCAUAAAAUGCCCGGGAUCUCCGCUCAUUCGAAUUCCAGCACAAGAGAAGAAGAUUUUGGAUGAGAAGAUAGGCAAGAUGGAACUCUUAGGAGCAAUUGAGAUGGGUAAGGUUAAGAUGGAGAGCUCCGUCUACCGCUCGCUGAGUGAUCAAGGUAAGGUUGAACAACGAGUGUUUACAAUGUCUGACUUUCCGGCCACUUGCUUUGUUGUUAACGACGCAGAGCCGGACAAGAUGCUCACCUGCGAUUUGGCAUUUCGGGAGUUCCCAGGCCUUUUGAAGGGUGUUUAUGAAUACGAAAAGAAGCUUCAAGUCGACGGAAAUGGCGUCAAAUACCGUCUCGGCGAUUUUUAUAUUAAUUUCAUGACUCUCUCCUUGGGUCAAAGUCCAACAAUCAAAGGCCUCCUUCUUGAGCUCGCCUUCCAGCCCACCUGUCCCCCUUCGUUAAGCGGCGAGCUGCUGCGUGCCUUUGGUCGGCAGCACUUUCCGGAGCUCUUCACCGGCCAAGUGAUGCCGGUCUUUACGGCCACCCUUAAAAAGGCCUUCGCGGAUAACUCGUCGCAGGACGCGUUGCCCAAACCCUCCACGGAGAGGCUGCUCACCGGCGAGGCAAUGGACUCUCUUUCGCGGGCCACUGCACGCGCCACCGUCGCUCAGUACAUCGAACAUCUCAGGGAACUUCGGUCCCACUCUUAA